AUGACUGCCGCGGGAGUCUCCCCGUCUAGCUCCCCGCGACUUCCCAGUCCGCCCCCAUUCACGGAGGUCCAGAUAGGACCUCUGUCGCCUUCGGUCGGCGAGACCUUUGGCAAAGAUGCAGAGAAGCUUUUCGGAGUUGCAGGUGGCGAGGAUGAAGGCCCAACGCGCCGUAUCCGCCCAGGUACCAAGGCCGGCGACAUGGCCUUCGGCCCGCCGCUGAUUCCCCUUGCGCAGCUUGAUUCCCCUUUCCAGCUCCAGGAACACCUCAUGGCGCUCUAUCAUCAUUUCACCAAGCCUGAAGGGUCCGACACGGUGAUCCCAAUCACUCGCCAAGUCGCAAGUCAGCUCGCAACCCCUCCGGACGGAGUUGACCGAUCGCUGUGGCUCUACGAGCUAUGCCGCUUCUUGACCAUGAAAGUGAACAAUCUUAUCAUCGCCUUCUUCGCCGAGAACCCGCCCUGCUCGGCGCAGACCUGCCCGGAAAUGCGAGCGUCGGAAUGGCAAUACCUCUGCGCUGUUCACGACCCACCCAAGUCAUGCUGCGCUAUCGACUACUGCUGCCAUACUCUCGACUGGGCUACCAACACCCUCACCUCUCCGAAGUAUUUCCCCAGUCGCCUCACGUUAGGCGCCGAGGGCUCCGGCGGCCCACAGGCCAGCAUGCGACACCUGACAAACAUCUUCCGCCGACUCUACCGCAUCUUCGCGCACGCUUGGUUCCAACAUCGGGAAGUUUUCUGGACAGUGGAGGGGCAUGAUGGUCUCUAUGUCUUCUUCAAGACGGUCUGCGACAUGUUCGCUCUAAUUCCGGAGGACAACUAUACUAUUCCCCAGGAGGCGGAGGGUCCGGAUGCUGUCCAGCCCACGGCGGAUGAAGCGGUUGACAACAAGCGGUUGACGAUCCUACGCAAGGAGGGUGAUGAUCCCUUCGGUUCUAGUGCGGAGGGUAUGGAUCCAGCAAUCAGUACCGGUGCUACUACCCGCCGCCACAAGCACAGCCCAUCCACGGGAUCACGAGUUAGCACGAUCACGGAAAGUGCUGAGGACAACGAUGACUCGCCUCAGCUGGCAGCACCUCUGCGAGAAGCUCUGCAAGAAGAGGAUCAGCCUGAACCAACUGGGAAUGUUCUUACUGAGGAGACAAAGGAGGUCUCUCUUGAAAGCACAGAGCCAAUUCUUGCUGCGGAGACAGCUGAAGAUGCUAUUCCAGCUGCAGUGACAUCUACAGAAACCGAGAAACCCACAGAGGAGGUCGCCACAGAGGAAAAGCUCGAAGAAGCGGAAACAGACGCACAAGACAGUCACGACGAAGUUAACCCUCCAAAGUCCGCGGAUGAAGCUCCUGCGGAUGAUGUGACUACCUCUUCUACUGCUGAAGACAAUAAAGAAGUAGAGCCAGAGUCCAAUGCUGCGCCUGCAACUGAGCAGAAAUCAGAGUCAUAA